ACUGCCUAUUUAAAGCUACGUCUUGAAAGAGGGCAGGGAGAGAAGACUGUUUAUCUACGUGACGCACACAAGUAGUGUUUGGUAAAAUCGUUGUUUUGCAGCAGUCACUCUCUCGUUUAUCGUGUAUUAUAGUUUAGAAAGUGAAAACUGAGAUUAUUAUUCCUUUAACAUAGAGAGCAACCCCCUCAGACCGUCGAAGCUCACGGAUCAAACACCGCGGGGAGGUUUGUGUUUGUAUUGACAAAAUGCGAGGAGGUUCCUCCUAUGGCGACAGGGACAGGGACCGUGGAAGAGACAGGCCACGGUUCGGGGCCAUGAGUGGUCGCAGUGGACCCCCACCGAUGAAGUUUGGGAAUCCAGGUGAGCGUCUGCGCAAGAAGAGGUGGAACCUGGAUGAGCUACCCAAAUUUGAAAAGAACUUCUAUGCCGAACAUCCUGAACUGCAACAUAUGAGUCAGUUUGAAAUGGAAGAGUUUCGCAGAAAGAAAGAGAUCACCAUCAGGGGAUCUGGCUGUCCAAAAGCCAUACCUGCUUUUCACCAGGCUCAGUUUCCUCAGUAUGUAAUGGAUGUGUUGAUGCAGCAGAACUUCAAAGAACCAACAGCCAUCCAGGCUCAGGGCUUCCCUCUGGCCCUGAGCGGGAGGGACAUGGUGGGAAUCGCACAGACUGGCUCUGGAAAGACUCUGGCUUAUCUUCUUCCUGCCAUCGUACAUAUCAACCACCAGGCCUAUCUGGAGAGGGGAGACGGUCCAAUAUGUCUUGUUCUGGCCCCGACCAGAGAGCUGGCUCAGCAGGUGCAGCAGGUUGCAUUUGACUAUGGCAAGUCCUCACGCAUCAAAAGCACCUGCGUCUAUGGUGGAGCACCAAAGGGACCACAGAUCCGAGACCUGGAAAGGGGUGUUGAGAUCUGUAUCGCCACACCUGGUCGCCUCAUUGACUUCUUGGAGUCUGGGAAAACAAACCUCAGACGCUGCACCUACCUGGUGUUGGACGAGGCUGACCGCAUGCUGGACAUGGGCUUUGAGCCGCAGAUUCGCAAGAUAGUUGAACAAAUCAGGCCUGACAGACAGACUCUCAUGUGGAGUGCUACCUGGCCAAAGGAUGUUCGACAGCUCGCUGAGGACUUUCUGAGGGAAUACGUACAGAUCAAUAUCGGUGCUCUGGAGCUCAGUGCAAACCACAACAUCCUGCAGAUUGUUGAUGUCUGCAUGGAGACUGAGAAAGACCAAAAACUAUUCCAGCUGAUGGAAGAGAUCAUGGCGGAAAAGGAGAACAAAACCAUCAUCUUCGUGGAGACAAAGAAGCGCUGUGAUGAUCUUACAAGGAGGAUGAGGCGGGACGGGUGGCCAGCCAUGUGUAUCCAUGGGGACAAGAGCCAGCCUGAAAGGGACUGGGUGCUCACUGAGUUUCGGUGUGGUAAAGCCCCCAUACUGAUCGCUACAGAUGUGGCCUCUCGUGGUCUGGAUGUGGAAGAUGUCAAGUUCGUCAUCAACUAUGACUAUCCCAACUCCUCUGAGGACUAUGUGCAUCGUAUUGGACGCACUGCCCGCAGUACCAACAAGGGCACGGCCUACACCUUCUUCACCCCGGGGAACCUGCGGCAGGCCCGUGAUCUGGUACGGGUGUUGGCAGAGGCCCGGCAAGCCAUCAACCCUAAACUGCUUCAGCUCGUUGAGUCAGGGCGUGGUGCGGGAGGCAGCGGCGGCAGAAUGCGCUACCGUAACAGCAGCGCCAACAAUCCCAACCUCAUGUACCAGGAUGAGUGUGAACGCCGUAUGCGCCCUGGUGGAGGUGGUAGCGGCAAAGACAACCGCAGUGGCUUCAACCGUGACAGCCGCAACAACCGUGAUGGAGACCGGUCCUCUUCCUCCUACAGGAGCCGGGAUCACAGGGAGAGCUUCAACUCAGGUUCAGAUCAGUACCAGAGCUACAACAGCGGCGGGGGUGGGGGCUACAACUCGCGCAGCGGAGGCCAGUCCGGUGGUGGUGGUGUUGGUGGAGGUGGAGGUCGGGAUCAGUCUAAUCAGCAGCAGGGUCCAUUUGUCCAGCCUCCUCCUCCUCCUCCAGCAUCAGGGGGGCCGCAGCCUCUGAUGGCUCAGCAGUUUGUUCCAUCACAGGCACCAUUGAUGGGCUUCAUAGGGCAGCCGCCUUAUGCCUUUUCCUCUCCACCGCCUCCUCCGGGACCUCCACCUCCCCGGAAGUAAAAGUAUAAAACAGAAGUACUGAGGUAAUUUGCAGUACUCAAUGUAUUCAUUGUUACUUUAUUUUUACUCCUUGACUCUUUCAAUGUCCAAGAGGUUUGGGUUACAAAGGGUGAAUAUCAAAGGAGAUAAGGGCUUCUAUGUUCAGUUUUUGUACUUUAAAUACAUCCCAUAUCAUUGAAAUAUACAUUUUCAUAUAAACAAAAAAAGAAACCUAGAAUGCUUCUCUCUUAUUUCUUUCUAUCUGGUGUUGCUUCUCUGGCAUCAUCAUUGAGAAAGCUGGUCAUGCAGAAACUGAUUCCUGAUAGAUAAUCGUCACAUUCCAGAGCUGAGUCUUUCUUUAGUUUAAUACAUCACAUGACCUGACUUUGACCCACACUCUUUGAGGUACUUUACUUUUCCUGAUGUAUUCUAGUGAUUGCAUUACUUUUGAUGUAAUGCAUCCCAGUUAAAAAGACUCUUCUAAAGCUUUGCAUUAAAUGAAAGUUUAUUUUUUGUCCUCUGAGCUGUUGCUUAAGAUUAAGAUACAUUGUGUAAUGCAUGCCUAUAAUUCUUCUGUUCUAGUAGCAAGGCAAACUCUUUACUUUUUAUACACCUGUAACCGCUUUACUCAUUUAUUGAUUUAUGUUUUAAUUGUUGGCUUAAUUGCAAUGUUUUUCCCUCUUUCUUUCAUUGUAUUCUUUUUUUAUAAGUGUUUUCUUGAUGAAUAAAUUGAUCCAAAUGGA